UUGACAGUACAUAAUCAGGUCGUGACCUUUGCUGAUCUUAAGUGAGGGUUGGUGAAGCAUUUAAAGUUCCUUGUCAGUGUGAGCUGCACCUUUUUUUCCUGUCUUUGCACUGACUGUCUCAUCUUUCACCAGAAUCUGCAGAGGACAAUGAAGGAGAGGAGGCAAAACCCAAGUCAAAGCAUGGUUUUGUGCCUGGUUUAUCGGCUCCAAAAAUUCCAGAUGGAGAAAAAGUUGACUUUGAUGAUAUUCACAGAAAACGAAUGGAAAAAGAUCUGAAUGAGCUAAAGACUCUGAUUGAUGCUCACUUUGAGCAGCGAAAGAAGGAAGAGGAGGAGCUUCUGAGUCUCACAGAUCGCAUUGAUAAACGCAGGUCUGAGAGAGCAGAGCAGAUGAAGAUCAGAGCUGAGAGAGAACGAGAACGGCAGAACAGGCUCGCUGAAGAGAAAGCAAGGAAAGAAGAGGAAGAGGCAAAGAAGAAAGCCGAUGAUGAUGCAAGGAAGAAGAUGAUUCUAAGCAACUUGAGUUUCACUGGAUAUAAAACCCAGCCUGGAGGAAAGAAGCAAACAGAAAGAGAGAAGAAGAAGAAGAUCUUAAGUGAGCGACGGAAGGAGUUAGAAAUUGAUCACAUGAGAGAGGACAAACUCAGGGACAAAGCUAAGGAACUAUGGGAGUGGAUGCGUCAGCUGGAGGCGGAGAAAUACGAGCUUCAGUAUCAGUACACAAAGCAGAAGUAUGAGAUCACUGUCCUGAGGAACCGAGUCAGCGAUCAUCAGAAAGUUUCGAAGGGAGGCAGGAGCAGGACCAAGCGUGGCCUGAGGAAGUAACACCAACUGGAGGAAAACCAACAUCCACAACAGAGUGACUAAACACAGAAUACUGCUUCCUAAAUGCUUCAAUGUGCAAGAACAAAAAGGAAUUUACCUGCAGGAUUGUAGCAGUAGAGAUUCUCUGAUGCAGAUUGUUCUGAUCGGGUUCAAGGCUGAAGUCCACUGUGAUGACUUUAGCAAAGGGGUCUUAAUCUCACAUUACCUGGGGGCCCAUUUGGUCCGGUCGCUCUUACCUGGUCACUCAGUGUGAAGACGUGUAAUGAUUUUUUUGCAAAGCUAUGAGAAGGAUUUGAGAGAAACAGCUUUUUCCUCGCAGGAAAUACAGCUGUCACUGUAAAUCAUUG